AUGGCCGGCAUAAGUGCAGCGAUCAAGAAAGAUCACCGCGAUAUCGAGGAAUACUACAAAAACAUACUCGCUUCAUCUACAGACAAAGAGAAGACUCAGUGGCAGAACCAAUUCACCUGGGAGCUGGCUCGCCACUCUAUCGGCGAGGAGCUUGUCGUCUAUCCUCAAUUUGAAAAGAAUCUACCUGAUGGUCAAAGAAUGGCUGACAAGGAUCGCCAAGAGCACCUUUCAAUCAAAGAACAACUCAAGACUUUCCAGAAUAUGCAGCCUAGCGAUCCUCAGUUUGAGCCUACCCUUAAAGCUCUCAUGAAAGAUCUUUCCGAGCACAUCAAAGAGGAAGAAAGCAAUGACCUUCCCAAAUUAGAAGACAGUAUAUCAGCGAAGGAGAGCGAUGAUCUGUCUAAAUCUUUUGCCAGGACUAAGAUCUUUGUUCCCUCGCGUUCACACCCGAGUGCUCCGGACAAGCCUCCAUUCGAAACAGCCGUUGGGCUUAUGACGGCGCCUAUCGAUCAUCUCGCGGAUUUGUUCCGGACGUGGCCACAUACGUCCGGCAUGCCAAACCCGUCUACCAAGUAG